AUGAGUGAGGAGCAUCGAAAUACAGAGGUACCUCCAAAGAAAGAAGAACUUCCGAAGAGAAAGGAGCCAUCAAAGACAGAUGAAUCUUCAGAGGCAGGCCAACUUUCAAAGAAAGAUGAAAAUUCAAAGACAGAAGAGCUUGCUAAGACAGAAAAAUCUCUGAAAACAGAGGAACCUCCAAAGACAGAUGAACCUCCUAAGACAGACAAUCCGUCUAAGAGUGAGGAGUAUCUAAAUAAAGAGGUACCUGCAAAGAAAGAAGAACUUUUUAAGAGGGAGCAGACAUCAAAGGCACAUGAAUCAGAGGCUGGCCAACUUUCAAAGAAUGAUGAACUUUCAAAGACAGCAGAACCUUCUAAGACAGAAGAAUCUCUGAAAACAGAGGAAUCACUGAAAACAGAGGAAUCACCAAUGAAAGAGGAACCUCCUGAGACAGAUAAACCUUCUAAGAGUGAGGAGCAUCGAAAUACAGAGGUACCUCCAAAGAAAGAAGAACUUCCGAAAAGAAAGGAGCCAUCAAAGACAGAAGAAUGUUCAGAGACAGGCCAACUUUCAAAGAAAGAUGAAAUUUCAAAGACAGGAGAGCUUCCUAAGACAGAAAAAUCUCUGAAAAAAGAGGAACCUCCAAAGACAGAUGAACCUCCUAAGACAGCCAAACCUUCUAAGAUAGAGGAGUAUCUAAAUAAAGACGAACUUCCAAAGAAAGAAGAACGUCCUAAGAGAGAGGAGCCAUCAAAGACUGAUGAAUCAGAGGCAGGUCAACUAUCAAAGAAAGAUGAACUUUCAAAGACAGGAGAACCUCUGAAAACAGAGGAAUCUCUGAAAACAGAUGAAUCACCAAAGAAAGAGGAACCUCCUGAGACAGAUAAACAUUCUAAGAAGGAAUCAUCAAAGAAAGAGGAACCUCCUGAGACAGAUAAACCUUCUAAGAGUGAGGAGCAUCGAAAUACAGAGGUACCUCCAAAGAAAGAAGAACUUCCGAAGAGAAAGGAGCCAUCAAAGACAGAUGAAUCUUCAGAGGCAGGCCAACUUUCAAAGACAGGAGAACCUUCUAAGGCAGAAAAAUAUCUGAAAACAGAGGAACCUCCAAAAAAGGAGGAACCUCCUAAGACUGAAAAACCUUCUAAGAAGGAAUCAUCAAAGAAAGAGGAACCUCCUGAGACAGAUAAACCUUCUAAGAGUGAGGAGCAUCGAAAUACAGAGGUACCUCCAAAGAAAGAAGAACUUCCGAAGAGAAAGGAGCCAUCAAAGACAGAUGAAUCUUCAGAGGCAGGCCAACUUUCAAAGACAGGAGAACCUUCUAAGGCAGAAAAAUAUCUGAAAACAGAGGAACCUCCAAAAAAGGAGGAACCUCCUAAGACUGACAAACCUUCUAAGAACGAACCUCCAAAGAAAGAGGAACCCCCUAAGACAGACAAACCUUCAAAGAGUAAGGAGCAUCUAAAUACAGAGGCACCUCCAAAGAAAGAAGAACUUUUUAAGAGAGAGGAGACAUCAAAGGCACAUGAAUCAAAGGCAGGCCAAAUAUCAAAGAAAGAUGAACUUUCAAAGACAGGAGGACCCUCUAAGACAGAAGAAUCUCUGAAAACAGAGGAAUCAACUAAGAAAGAUGAUCCUCCUAAGCCAGACAAACAUCCUAAGAGCGAGGAGCAUCUAAAUAUAAAGGUACCUGCAAAGAAAGAAGAACUUUUUAAGAGGGAGCAGACAUCAAAGGCACAUGAAUCAGAGGCAGGCCAACUAUCAAAGAAAGAUGAACUUUCAAAGACAGGAGAACCUUCUAAGACAAAAGAAUCUCUGAAAACAGACGAAUCUCUGAAAACAGAGGAAUCACCAAAGAAAGAGGAACCUACUGAGACAGAUAAACCUUCUAAGAGUGAGGAGCAUCGAAAUACAGAGGUACCUCCAAAGAAAGAAGAAUUUCCGAAGAGUAAGGAGCCAUCAAAGACAGAUGAAUCUUCAGAGGCAGGCCAACUUUCAAAGAAAGAUGAAAUUUCAAAGACAGGAGAGCUUCCUAAGACCAAAAAAUCUCUGAAAACAGAGGAACCUCCAAAGAAAGAUGAACCUCCUAAGACAGACAAACCUCCUAAGAGUGAGGAGCAUCGAAAUACAAAGGUACUUCCAAAGAAAGAAGAACGUCCUAAAAGAGAGGAGCCAUCAAAGACAGAUGAAUAUUCAGAGGCUGGCCAACUUUCAAAGAAAGAUGAACUUUCAAAGACAACAGAACCUUCUAAGACAGAAGAAUCUCUGAAAACAGAGGAAUCACCAAAGAAAGAGGAACCUCCUGAGACAGAUAAACCUUCUAAGAGUGAGGAGCAUCUAAAUACAAAGAAAGAGGAACCUCCUAAGACAGACAAACCUUCUAAGAGUGAGGAGCAUCUAAAUACAGAGAUACCUCCAGAGAAAGAAGAACUUCCUAAGAGAGAGGAGCCAUCAAAGACAGAUGAAUCAGAGGCAGACCAACUUUCAAAGAGACGAGAACCUUCUAAGACAGAAGAAUCUCUGAAAAUAGAUGCAUUACCAAAGAAAGAGGAACCUCCUGAGACAGAUAAACAUUCUAAGAGUGAGGAGCAUCUAAUUACAGAGUUACUUCCAAAGAAAGAACUUCCUAAGAGAGAGGAGCCAUCAAAUCCAGAUGAAUCUUCAGAGGCAGGCCAGCUUUCAAAGAAAGGUGAACUUUCAAAGGCAGGGGAACCUUCUAAGACAGAUACAUUUCUGAAAACGGUGGAACUUUCAAAUAAAGAGGAACCUCCUAAGACUGACAAACCUUCUAAGACAGAAAAAUCUCUGAAAACAGAGGAAUGUCUGAAAACAGAGGAAUCAUCAAAGAAAGAGGAACCUCCUGCGACAGAUAAACCUUCUAAGAUUGAGGAGCAUCGAAAUACAGAGGUACCUCCAAAGAAAGAAGAACUUCCGAAGAGAAAGGAGCCAUCAAAGACAGAUGAAUCUUCAGAGGCAGGCCAACUUUCAAAGAAAGACGAACUUUCAAAGACAGGAGAACCUUCUAAGGCAGAAAAAUAUCUGAAAACAGAGGAAUCACCAAAGAAAGAGGAACCUCCUAAGACUGACAAACCUUCUAAGAAGGAAUCAACUAAGAAAGAUGAUCCUCCUAAGCCAGACAAACAUUCUAAGAGUGAGGAGCAUCUAAAUACAGAGGUACCUCUAAAGAAAGAAGAACUUUCAAAGAGAAAGGAGCCAUCAAAGAUAGAUGAAUCUUCAGAGGCAGGCCAACCUUCAAAGAAAGAUGAUCUUUCAAAGACAGCAGAACCUUCUAAGACAGAAGAAUCUCUGAAAACAGAGGAACCUCCAAAGAAAGAGGAACCUCCUAAGACUGACAAACCUUCUAAGAGUGAGGAGCAUCUAAAUACAGAGAAAGAGGAACCUCCUAAGACAGACAAACCUUCUAAGAGUGAGGAGCAUCUAAAUACAGAGAGACCUCCAGAGAAAGAAGAACUUCCUAAGAGAGAGGAGCCAUCAAAGACAGAUGAAUCAGAGGCAGGCCAACUUUCAAAGAGAGGAGAACCUUCUAAGACAGAAGAAUCUCUGAAAAUAGAUGCAUUACCAAAGAAAGAGGAACCUCCUGAGACAGAUAAACAUUCUAAGAGUGAGGAGCAUCUAAUUACAGAGUUACUUCCAAAGAAAGAAGAACUUCCUAAGAGAGAGGAGCCAUCAAAUCCAGAUGAAUCUUCAGAGGCAGGCCAGCUUUCAAAGAAAGGUGAACUUUCAAAGGCAGGGGAACCUUCUAAGACAGAUACAUUUCUGAAAACGGUGGAACUUUUAAAGAAAGAGGAACCUCCUAAGACAGACAAACCUUCUAAGAGUGAGGAGCAUCUAAAUACAGAGAAUGAAAACAAAGAUGUUGAAACAGCAGGAGCCAAAGCUGAUCAAGAUAAAAUACAGCAUCUAUUUCACAGACUUAACCUUGAAGGCAGACGCAACAAUAAACUGAGAGCUGCAGAUGUUCUUCAGAUAACUGAACAUUCGUUACAGUCUCAUGAGUCUUGUGUUGAAGAGGAGCUGGUUCAGACUUUCAUUGAAAAAAUACUGAUGAUGGACUACAGAGCAAGAUUCAUCAGUGUUAAAGAGACAAAUGAACAGGAUCAACAGAGAGAUGCUUACUCGUCUGAAGAUGAGGGUGAUUUGUUUGAAUGUGUUCUUCACAUUACUUCGUCAAACACAGUAACAGGCCAAUCUGAGCGAGUUCACCCAAUGGAUGUUCAGAUGGCGGUGUUUCAUUGUGCUGAUGGUUUCCUGAAGCAGCUGAUGGUGACUAAACUGUCCCAGUGUCAGUACGCUCUGCCUCUGCUUGUUCCUGAUCCAGUCACAAAACAGAUUGAGUUUCCUCUCUGGACAUUCAGACAAAUCAACAAGAGCUGGAAGAUGAGAAACACCAACAAUGAGACCAUCAGUAAAUCCCAGCCGAUCUACAAGGCACAAACUCCAAUGGUGUUUUUCUUCAGGUUUGCCUCUGUGUCUUCAUCCAAGUCUCAGCUGAUGAACAGUCUGAUCAAUGAGAAACACAACACGUUCUUCCACAGGAACUGUCCAGGCAGCAGCAGAUCCAGAGUCCUGAUGGAUGGAGUGGUGGAGAUCGCCUGGUUCUGCCCCUCUGGGAAAAACACAGAUCAAUUCACUGACUGUGUUGCCUUCUGUAAUCUACACGGUGAUGCAGGAGACCAUGAGAAACAGCUGCAGAUCCUCACUGAAAUGGCUUCAGUCAAUGUUGUUCUUCUACCACGACUGGACAGGAAUGACAUAAGUGCAGCAAUGAUGAAUAACCUGUUUGGAAACAAAAAGCCACUCAUUUGUCUUUUUACGGAGGAUGAAUUUACUGUAAUGAAGAUGAAGAAAAGAAAAUUCAAAAUCGGUUUGAAAUACAGAAAUCAGUCAGAUGUGUCUGAAGAACUUAGAAGAAUUAUAAAUGAGUGUCUCUCAGAAACAUCUUCCACUUUCAGACUUGAAGAUGUGUCCAAACACUCAGAUAUCAGAGUAGAUGAGGAAGAUGAUGACAGCAGAAGAGGAAGAGAAGCAGCACAAAAGAUGAUGUGUUUACUGGAGAAGAAAGAUCUGACAGAAAUCAAAGAAUCAUUUCUGCCUCAUCAGGGGAAACUGUGGCAUCAGUGGAGUCAGAAGAACAAAGAACUACAUCGACCUCAAGGAGAAGAAAUAAAAAUGGAAAUAAGUGCAAAAACAAUAGAAAUGAAUAAAAUCCGAGGAAAGCAGCAUGAAUCUGACAUGAGUGAGUUUUUGAAGAUCUUUAUUAAAGAAAUGAACUCACAUAAUGAAAAUGGAAAGAUGUUUUUCCUCAAAUGGCUCAGAAUCCUGUUGGAUGAACAUACAUCAAGUGACCUUUCUGGGCUUCUUCACAAAUAUGAUAAAGCAUGGUCAGGAGUCUUGAAACUGAAAGACAGCAGUAAUAAAUCUGAACAACAUAAAGUUAAACAAACUGAACUUGAGAAGAUAUCUGAGGAGCUUCAAGCUGCAGCCUUUGGUUUGGAGCACAUCAUGAGGGAGAUCGGUCAGAUCUAUGAAUCAUGUUCAUCUGUGCAGGAGAACAAGAAAGAUCUGGAGGUUCACUUCUCUUCUCUCCCGAGUCUUGCAGCAGAGAUGAUGAUCUCUGGAUUUCCUCUGGAGCUGAUGGAUGGAGAUGCUGCUCAUGUUCCUGUGAUCUGGAUCUCUGCUGUUCUAGAUGAACUCGUCCAGAAACUGGGAGACCAGCGAGUCUUUGUGCUGUCAGUUUUAGGAAUUCAGAGCUCUGGGAAAUCCACCAUGCUGAAUGCCAUGUUUGGACUUGAGUUUGCCGUCAGUGCUGGAAGAUGCACCAGAGGAGCUUUCAUGCAGCUGGUCAGAGUCUCAGAUGCGAUGAAAACACAGAUGAAGAUUGACUUCAUUCUGGUUGUUGAUACUGAGGGUCUUCGUGCUCUAAAACUGUCUGGAAGAUCAACAAGAGAUCAUGACAAUGAAUUGGCCACAUUCGUCAUUGGAAUUGGAAAUCUGACCUUGAUAAACAUCUUUGGAGAAAACCCAUCCGAGAUGCAGGACAUUCUUCAGAUUGUUGUUCAGGCCUUCAUGAGAAUGAAGAGGGUCAGGCUCAAUCCCAGCUGUGUGUUUGUGCAUCAGAACGUUUCAGAUGUCACAGCUGAAGAGAAAAACAUGGAGGGAAGGAGACGACUGCAGGAGACACUGGAUGAGAUGACAAAACUCGCUGCUAAAGAUGAAGUCUGUGAUGCAGAAUGUUUCAGUGAUGUCAUUACAUUUGAUGUUCAGAAAGAUGUGAAGUAUUUUGUUCAGCUCUGGGAGGGCAGCUCACUAAUGUCACCACCAAACCCAGACUACUGUGAGAACAUUCAAGAACUAAAGGAAUCUGUUAUUUCUCAUGCCGCAAAAUCUCAUGGAAUUAUGCUGAAAGACUUAACAGUUCGUGUUGAAGAUCUCUGGAAGGCUUUACUGAGUGAACGAUUUGUCUUCAGCUUCAGAAAUUCUCUGGAGAUUUCAGCCUACAGGAAACUGGAGACCGAAUACAGCAAGUGGUCCUGGAGUCUUCGCAGUGCCAUGAUGGAAACUGAGAACAAACUACACAACCAAAUAGAAAAUGAAGUAAUUCAUGAGGUUGAGAGAAAAUAUCUUGAAACACAACUGAAGAAGACAAGUGAAGAAGUAGAACAAUCAAUGUUUGAUUUCAUUGAAAAUGACAAAGAUAAAGACAUACUGAUUCAGUGGAAAACAUCAUUUAAAAUCAAAAUCGAAGAACUUCAGGAAAACAUUGUGAGGGACACAGAAAAGAAACUAAAUGAGGUUCUUAAACAGCGAGACUUGAAGAAAGAGAUUGAUGCUCAGAGGAAACAUCGUGAAGACACGCUCUAUGAAAAGAGCAAAGAACUUGCCUUAGAGCUCAAAUAUAAAAAUAACAAUGAAGAAACAUUGAAGAAAGAGUUUGAUUCCUUUUGGGAACAGUGGAUAAAGGAGAUCAUCACAGACACCUCUCCGAUAAAAGAAAUUAACAUAAUGAGAGAUGUGAGAGAGAUCCUCAGGGACAUCUAUGGAAGUGUUAUAGAUCACUUGAGGGAGAGCAAUGACUACAAUAAAGUUGUCACUGUGCAGAGUUAUUCAGAAUAUGUACAGUUAAAAAAAAACAGUGGAUUUAAAGGACAGGUUAAACAUGCCUUCAACUCAGCUUUAUGUUUUGAUCCUUUAUCUAAUGAGGAUGAAACCCAGAUAAGAUCAUUUGUCACAGAUGUUGUUCAGCAAACAGACAAAGAGAUUCAGUCAUUUAACAUUUCAAAGAUGGGCUACAACAAAAGCUGCAUUCAACAACUCACAGGUUACAUCAAGGCAAGAAUAAUACAACAUGAGGAAGGAUGCCUGAAAUAUGUGUACAAGAAUGAAUUCUUUAUGGAUUUGGUUCUUACCAUCUGUGAGAGAGCAAACGAGAUGAUCACUGACCAACACACAAUGUUUACAGAAGCCAAUAAUCCUGUCAUAUAUGUUCAGAAAAAGAGAGAAGAGUACUAUAGUAUUUUCCAGAAAUACUGUCAAGGAGCAACAUCAGCUGCUAUUUGUGGUGAGAUCAUCUGUCAGAAACUGAAAGAGCCCAUUGAGCAGAGUGUCUACAAGAAGACUGCUAGAGAUCUGGCAAAUGAAAUGAGAACAGAAUGUCCAUCACUGAAAGAAAACCGAUUAAAACUGGAGAAGCACAUCCUGGAGACACUGGCAGAAGAGGAGGACUUUGACAAAUACAUGAACUACAUUCAUAAUCCCAGAGAUCACUUCAAGAGUUUCAUUAGAGAUGAAGUCAAUCGAUAUUUCACUGCUAAGUUCAGUGACAGUGUUUUACCCAAAAUGAUGGAGAACACUGAACUCCUGCAGCAGAAGAUCAUGAAAGCAGCUCAUGAAUCUAUUGAACAAGUUCAAGAAAAGAGAGGAGAUAAAUCCACUAAAUAUGUUCAAGAGAACAGAGGAGAUGUUGGUUUGUGGUUAAAGAGUUUCACACAGCAUCUCUCAGAUGAGCUGAUCUUCUCUGAAAAAGACCUCAGUGGAGUGAAAUAUGACGAUUUUGAUUUCAAACUCCUAGAAGAUGUGAUGAGAAAAGAACUUGAUCAUGUGAUCUCUAUUUGUGAAAGUAGUUUCAACACAAAUACUUUUAAUGAAAAGCUGGACCUAAAGUUCAGACCAGAUGAGCUUCUGUUUUCUCAUUUCUGUCAGUGCUGUUGGAUUCAGUGUCCAUUCUGUGGAGCUUUCUGCACCAGCACAAUAGAAAACCAUCCUGGUGAUCACAGUGUCCCUUUCCACAGAGUGACUGGAAUUAAAGGAACUUCUUACUAUCAAACAGAUGAUCUCUGUGCUGAUUUCUGCACAACUUUAGUGACAAGUAGAAAACAAUUUCGUGUUUCAGAUAAGAGUUUUCCAUGCAGUGACUACAGAAGUGCAGGAGGAGUUUAUGCAGAGUGGGACAUCACCCCGGACCCUCAUGGACUGCCAUAUUGGAAGUGGUUUGUGUGCACAUUCCAGGGAAAACUGGAAAAUCAUUAUAAUAAAAAAUUCAAGGAUCAGGGCGAGAUUCCACCUGAAUGGGGAAUGAACGAAAAACAAGCUGCUAUUCAGAGUUUGAACAAAAUGAUUGUUACAAACUAAUGGAACUGAUAAGACUUAAACCUCCUUUUAUACCACUCAUUUAAAGAACAAUCUAAAAUAUAAACAUACAAUUCCCCCUACAUUAUAAGACUUGUUGUGGCAGGUGAUUCAUUAGAUGUGCGGAGGAACGCGGAGGAAAACAGGACAGAAUCUCAACCGAUGGAGCAGCAGGAAAUUGUUUUUAGAAUAAGAAUGAUUUAACUUAUGCGAAAAUAGGAGGAUUUGAAUAAGACAAUUAUGAGAAUGCUGAAAGAAUUGAUUGUGUUGGUGAACUUUAAUUUGGAGCUACAAUCUCUCGCAAAUUAUAUUAGGGCUUUGAGACUGCAAACAUCUGCCACUAAACCUGAAAAGCCUUGAAAGGCAAUAAUGAGAUAUACAUUCUGUUAGAGUUUGCUCAAUAGUUAAGACACAUAUGUAUACUUUUUGCUAACUGUAUCAUGAUUGUGUGAGGAAGUGCAUUUUGUAAUAACGUUGCAGAAUGGACCUUCUUUCUUAAAGUGUUGUUUUGUAAUAUGUUUUAGCUUAGAUGUGUUGUUUUUUGUGACUAUAAAUCAUUGUGGUUGGAACACAUUCGCCGCCGCAAUUUGGAGUGAAUAUUUUAUGCUAUUUACUUUUAUUGUAAUUUGCUUAAUGAGUUAUUGUUUUAAUAAAGUGAAACCAUUUCCUAUGGUGAUGCAUUAAACUUCUUUUUAAAACA